AGGCACAGCUGGCAGUGCGAUGGCCGCCAUCCCCCAGCCUGCGUCCCAGGCGGCGGCCGCGCUGCUGGUUCUCGGGCUCUGUGCGCACAGUCCCCUCGCGACCGCGCCGUACAACGAGGAGGGCAAGGUCGAGUCUGCGAACCUAUACGGCAACGUGGCUCAGUAUGGGUAUUAUCCAGUUGCGCUGUCGCGUCGGAACUCCUGCAAACCAGCGCACCUCGGUGAUCGUCGACACCGGCAGCCGGCUCGUUGGGUUCCCAUGCACCGGCUGCGAGCAUUGCGGGAGCCACAUCGAUAAGGCCUUCGAUUUCUCCCGGUCUAGCAGCGCCUCAUGGGUCGGUUGCGAAUCUGAUACCAGUUGCUCCACUGGCUGUGUCGAGGGGCACUGCGCGUACUCUGAGACAUAUUCUGAGGGCAGCUCGGUGUCGGGGUACUUCUUCGAAGACGACAUCGAGCUCGGCGACCUUGAGCAGAAGAAUCCAGCAGUCAAGGUCAGACUGGGGUGCCACAUGAAGGAGAACAGGCUCUUCUACUCGCAGCGCGCGAACGGCAUCAUGGGCCUUGCCCCGGGCGGCCUCGGCGACACCGGCUCCCCGACUAUCCUGACGCAGUUGUUUGCGGACAAGCAGCACGUAAAGACCAGCAUCUUUUCCAUGUGUUUGUCCGAGUGGGGAGGCCGUCUGACCGUCGGAGGCUACAACGGGACCUCCCACAGGAAAGGAGGAGAGAUCCAGUGGGUGCGCCUGCGCCCAGCCCACUACCACUUUGUGUUCCCCGUCGGGCUCACCGUGGGCCCCGUGAAGGACCCAGAGGGCGAGGCGGUGGCUUGGGGCCAGAGGAACCUCGGCGUGACGAUCGUGGACAGCGGUACGACCU